CCCAUCUACUCAAUCCAUCCGUCCUGGGUAGGGUUGUGAGCCGUAGCAAAUUAGUUCAACACCAACCAGCUAGCCAUGGGUAUGUGUUCCAACAAGAAGCGCAGCAGCCCUGGCGUUGCUGUGUGGUGUGUAGUCCUGGGCUUAGCCCUGCUCGUCGCCGUCGAUGCGGCGGGCAAGGAAGGUGGUGGGCGAGCCGGGCACUUGGCUGAAGAGCAUGGGGAUGCAGCCUACUGCUCCGCCUUGUGCAAAGGCCGGUCGGACUUCGGACCGUGCUACAAUGAGUGCUUGUACGGGAGGGUGACAGGACAAGAACAAGCGAGAGGAGGUGGUGGAGUUGUAGGGCGAGCUGGUCUCCUGGCGAUGCCGACGGAGCGCACCGGAGGCGAGGGAGAAGAGAAGGGGAAGCAAGAGGACCCCGUCGCCCGUCUGAGCGACCCAGUCUGGUGCUACGACGCCUGCCGUGAACAUCCCGAAUUGGACUACACCCAAUGCGUCAAAGAUUGCUACGCUGAGAAUAUGCCGGACGCCGCACGGCUAGCGGCCCAUGGAGGAACUGGAGGAGAAGAAGCAAGAGGAGGAGCUGUUCAUGGGCUGACGGCGGUGGGGAAACCACACUGCGACUGGUUCCGCGACUGUAGUGUAACGCCAUGCGUCUGGCGAUGUGGGAAGAGGGUGCAAGAGGAGGACAAUGAAGGAACAAGAACAGGAGCGCUCAAUGUCCAGGCGGCUGCGCGGCAUGAGGUUGCUGUAGGAGCAUGUUCGUCGACUGUGUACGUGGAAUCAUGCUAUGCCUGUUGCCAAAGGGAGGUCACUAGAAAUCCGGAUUUCGACUGGUAUGCUUGCAUUCGCAGUUGCCACGACUAAGAUGCUCUCCCAAUCAAGGAGCGAGAGAACAAGAAGGACGGCGUAGUCCCGCCGGCGAAGUAGUCGUUUGUUGUGAGCUUAUACUAGCUCGUUUCCUUUCCAAACAAAUAAUGUGCCGUGCAGUGAAUCCGUCACAGUCCAUCUGUUUGCUUUAGUUCUGUUACCUACACCUUUAUUUACAAUGGAGUUCUGCUACGGUUCAUGCA